AUGCGGGCGGGCCGCGGUGCGGCGGCCGGGGAGGCGGCGGCCGAGGAAGAAGCGGCCGAAGGGGCCAAGCGCGGCGGGGCGGCGGCGGCGGCGGCAGCGGCUGCGGCGGGGCGGGUGCGGAGCCGUGGAGGGAAGGGGUCCCCCAAUGGCGAGUGCCGGCGAGGGGAUCCGCCGCGUAGCCCCGGCUCGGAGCCGCCCCGGGAGCCCAAGGUCUCCUUCUCCUGCGGCGGUGGCGGCGGCGGCGGCGGUGGCUCCGCAUCCCCCGGCGGGGCCAAGGCGGCCGAAGAGGGCGCGGGCGAGGAUGCGGGAGAGGAGGCCCGCGGGAGCCAGGCCAGCUUCAUGCAGCGGCAGUUCGGGGCCAUGCUCCAGCCCGGCGUGAAUAAGUUCUCGCUGCGGAUGUUCGGCUCGCAGAAGGCGGUGGAACGGGAACAGGAGCGCGUCAAGUCGGCGGGGGCCUGGAUCAUCCACCCCUACAGCGACUUCAGGUUUUACUGGGACUUCACAAUGCUGCUCUUCAUGGUGGGCAACCUCAUCAUCAUCCCCGUGGGCAUCACCUUCUUCAAGGAGGAGACCACAGCUCCCUGGAUCGUGUUCAAUGUGGUCUCUGACACCUUCUUCCUGAUGGAUCUGGUGCUGAACUUCCGGACGGGGAUCGUCAUUGAGGACAACACCGAAAUCAUCCUGGACCCCGAGAAGAUCAAGAAGAAGUACCUCAAGACCUGGUUUGUGGUGGACUUUGUCUCCUCCAUCCCCGUGGACUACGUCUUCCUCAUCGUGGAGAAGGGAAUAGACUCAGAGGUCUACAAGACCGCCCGAGCCCUGCGCAUCGUUCGCUUCACCAAGAUCCUCAGCCUCCUGCGGCUCCUCCGCCUCUCCCGCCUCAUCCGCUACAUCCACCAGUGGGAGGAGAUUUUCCACAUGACUUAUGACCUGGCCAGUGCAGUGAUGAGGAUCAUCAACCUCAUUGGCAUGAUGCUGCUGCUGUGCCACUGGGAUGGCUGCCUCCAGUUCCUGGUGCCCAUGCUUCAGGACUUCCCCCAGAACUGCUGGGUCUCCAUCAACGGCAUGGUGAACGACUCCUGGAGCGAGCUCUACUCCUUCGCCCUCUUCAAGUCCAUGAGCCACAUGCUCUGCAUCGGCUACGGGAAGCAGGCCCCUGAGAGCAUGACGGACAUCUGGCUGACCAUGCUGAGCAUGAUCGUGGGGGCCACCUGCUACGCCAUGUUCAUCGGCCACGCCACGGCCCUCAUCCAGUCGCUGGACUCCUCCCGGCGCCAGUACCAGGAGAAGUACAAGCAGGUGGAGCAGUACAUGUCCUUCCACAAGCUGCCUGCUGACUUCCGACAGAAGAUCCACGACUACUAUGAGCACCGCUACCAGGGCAAGAUGUUUGAUGAGGACAGCAUCCUGGGGGAGCUCAACGAGCCCCUCCGUGAGGAAAUUGUGAACUUCAACUGCCGCAAGCUGGUGGCCUCCAUGCCGCUGUUCGCCAACGCGGACCCCAACUUCGUCACUGCCAUGCUCACCAAGCUCAAGUUCGAGGUGUUCCAGCCGGGUGACUACAUCAUCCGGGAGGGCACCAUUGGCAAGAAGAUGUACUUCAUCCAGCAUGGGGUGGUCAGCAUCCUCACCAAGGGCAACAAGGAGAUGAAACUCUCCGACGGUUCCUACUUCGGAGAAAUCUGCCUGCUGACCCGGGGCCGGCGCACAGCCAGCGUGAGGGCAGACACCUACUGCCGCCUCUACUCGCUCUCGGUGGACAACUUCAACGAGGUGCUGGAGGAGUACCCCAUGAUGAGAAGAGCCUUUGAGACUGUGGCCAUCGACCGCCUCGACCGCAUUGGGAAGAAGAACUCCAUCCUGCUCCACAAAGUGCAGCACGACCUCAACUCGGGUGUCUUCAACAACCAGGAAAACGAAAUCAUCCAGGAGAUCGUCAAGUACGACCGGGAGAUGGUGCAGCAGGCGGAGCUGCAGCAGCACACGGCCAUGUACAGCCCGGUCCAGCCCCAGGUCACCUCUGCCAUCGCCACCCUCCAGCAAGCCGUGGCCAUGAGCUUCUGCCCGCAGAUGGCCAGCCCGCUGGUGGGCUCCAUGGCCCUGGGCUCGCCCCGCAUGAUGCGCCGCUUGCAGUACGCCCAGGCCGUGCCCAGCCCCUUCGCCGUCUCCCCGGUCCUGCUGCAGCAGAGCUCCCCGCAGCAGCCGCAGCCCCCCGUGCCCCACGCCAACCCCUCGCCCUCGCAGGACCCGGUGCAGCCUGCCGCCCUGUCUGCCUCCACCAGCGCCUUCACCGCGGCCAGUCCGCCGUCCCAAAGUCCCCUGGCCGGCCGGACGUUCGCCUACGGAGCCAGCCCGGGCCAGCUGGGCUCGCAGCUCUCCCUCAGCCAGCAGCAGACCCCCGGCUCCCCCCAGCGCCUGGCUGCCCACAAGAGCACGCAGGCGCUGCACACCAGCAGCCUCAGCCAGGAUUCGAGGCCCCUCUCCGCCUCGCAGCCCUCCCUGCCGCACGGGCUGGCGGCCGGCAGCACCCAGAGCCCCCCGGCCUCGGCCCGCGAGUCCUCCACCUCCAUCGGUGGGGGCCCAGCCGCUGCCUCCCCGGGCCCCGGCCCCCCGGCCGGGCUGCGGGUCCAGGCGCCCUCGCGAGGGGCUGCAGCCCACCCGGCGGCGGUGGGGGGCUCGGUGCACACGGGGCCGGCUGCCCUGCCGCAGGACUCAGCGGCGGCCCGCAAGGAUUCGGCGGCCAGCACGCCCGACACGGACCCGGCCAAGUCCAGGCUGUCUUCCAACUUGUGA